AUGGGCACGGGCGAUUUUAUCUGCAUUUCCAUGACUGGAGGGGCGCCCUGGGGAUUCCGGCUGCAAGGUGGCAAGGAGCACCAGCAGCCUUUACAAGUGGCAAAGAUUCGAAGCCAGAGCAAAGCCUCCGGGUCCGGGCUGUGUGAAGGGGAUGAGGUGGUUUCUAUCAAUGGCAACCCUUGUGCGGACCUCACCUACCCAGAAGUCAUCAAGCUCAUGGAAAGUAUAACAGACUCCCUCCAAAUGCUCAUCAAAAGACCCUCCAGUGGAAUAAGUGAGGCUUUGAUCUCUGAAACUGAAAACAAAAACCAUGAGCAUCUCACCCAAGAAGAGUAUGUGGAAAGCACCACCCUCCAGAUUCGCUCAGCCACAAACACCCAGUACAGAGAGUUUUUAGUGGCCCCAACCCAGGAUGGAGUUAUCCCAGUUGAGGACCAAGGAAGUGGUCCUGGGUGUUCAGGGUACACGGAGAAGGAAGUCUGCCUCGGUCAGCGUGGGGUCCCCCAAGUCCUGGACUCCCAAGAAGUCUUGACAGAAGAAGUUAUCCUAAGGGAGCCAGCUGAGGCUGGGCAGCCAGGCCCUGUAGUGGAGUUACAACUGUCGCUUUCACAGCCGAGACCAGAGGGUCCUGUGCUGGCUCUCUUGGAAGCUGACAAAUCUCUGUCUCCUGACCCAGACCCGACUUUACAGCCGGAAAAGAUUAUCCACAUCAAUUCGGUCGCUCCUCAGGAGAAGCCAGACCCCUCUCUGAGGUCCAGCAAGAUAAUCCAGCUCUCCAGUGGCAGCGAGCUGAGAGUGACCCAAGGCGGUGGAGCAGAUGAGGCAGAGCUGCCCCGAGUGGAAGUCAUCCUCGAUUGCUCUGACAGGCACAAGGCGGAAGGGCGCUGGCUUCAGCCAGGAAAGGGGUGUGUGGGCUCUCCCGUGGAAGGAGGGCAGUCUGAAGCACCUCCUUCUCUGGUAUCCUUUGCCGUCUCAUCAGAAGCCACAGAGCAGGGAGACGCUGCGCGCUCAGACAAGGAUCAAAGCAGACCACACAAGCACAGAGCGCGACACGCACGGCUCAGGAGGAGCGAGAGCCUAUCAGAAAAGCAGGUGAAAGAAGCCAAGUCUAAAUGCAAAAGUAUCGCCCUUCUCCUAACAGACGCCCCCAACCCCAACUCCAAGGGGGUGUUGAUGUUUAAGAAGAGACGGCGGAGGGCCAGAAAGUACACGCUAGUCAGCUACGGUACUGGCGAGCUUGACCCAGAGGCAGACGAGGAGGAAGAGGGUGACAGAGAGGAUACCUGCGAAGUUGCGUUUCUGGGCACCAGCGAAUCGGAGGUGGAUGAAGAGCUACUGUCUGACCUUGACGACAACACCCAAGUUGUGAACUUUGACUGGGAUUCUGGACUGGUGGACUUUGAAAAGAAAUUGAACCGAGACGACAAGAUGGAGAUGUUGCCGGACACCACGGGAAAGGGAGCGCUCAUGUUUGCCAAGAGGAGGGAGAGGAUGGAUCAGAUCACAGCCGAAAAAGAAGAGGAGAGGGUGGCGGGGGUGCCUGGUGUAGAACUAGAAGCUGCGCAGACAGAUGGCUUGAGAACCGUGACUUCCUACCAAAGGAAGGAAGAAGAAACCGUGAGGGUGCAGAGCGCUGUGAGCAAGAGUUACAUCCAGAUGAGCCCUGGUCCCGGCCACGGGCCACAGCAGAACGGCCUCAGUGGGGCGAUGGAUCCGGCCGAGGUGCAGAGGGCAAUGCCCAUGAACAGAACAGCCAAGCCCUUCCCGGGAUCGGUGAGCCAGCCAGUCACACCUUAUUCGCCCACCCGAAACCUGACAAGUCCCAUCUCUGACUUUCCAGCGCCUCCACCCUACUCAGCAGUCACACCUCCACCAGAAGGGUUCCCCAGAGGGGUAUCCAGCCCUACGGCCGCCCCAGCCCAGCCCCCGCCGUGGCCACAGCCUGCCCCAUGGUCCCAGGUGGCCUUUUAUGAUGCAACUGAGCGAAUAGCCUCCCGGGAUGAGAGGAUCUCCGUGCCAGCCAAAAGAACUGGCAUACUACAGGAGGCCAAGAGAAGAAGCACGACGAAACCCAUGUUUACUUUUAAGGAGCCCAAAGUGAGCCCCAAUCCAGAACUCUUGUCACUUCUUCAGAAUUCGGAAGGCAAACGGGGCACUGGAGCUGGGGGUGAUUCUGGACCUGAGGAAGAUUAUCUCAGCCUUGGGGCAGAAGCAUGCAACUUCCUGCAGGGCUCCUCUGCCAAGCAAAAGACCCCACCUCCUGUGGCCCCAAAACCUGCAGUCAAGUCCUCUUCCUCCCAACCAGUCACCCCAGUGUCUCCUGUCUGGUCUCCAGGAGUGGCUCCCACCCAACCUCCUGCCUUCCCCACAUCCAGUGCAUCACAGGGCCCUGUGGUCUCCUCCAUCAAAAUAGCACAGCCCGCUUAUCCUCCUGCUCGUCCAGCAAGUUCGCUGAAUCUAUCUGGUCCCUUCAGAGGACCUCAAGCCGCAGUAGCCAGUCAGCACUACACCCCGAAGCUAGCAGCUGCCACAUCGGCUGUGAAUGCCCAUGCGGGUGCUGUGGGACCAUCCAAUGAGCUUCCAGGGAUGAGUGGCAAAGGAGCCCAGCUCUUUGCCAAAAGGCAGUCAAGAAUGGAGAAGUAUGUGGUCGAUUCAGACACGGUGCAAGCCCAUGCUGCACGGGCUCAGUCUCCCACACCAUCUCUUCCAGCCAGUUGGAAAUACUCCUCCAAUGUGCGGGCACCUCCUCCUCUGGCCUACAACCCUAUCCACUCCCCCUCCUACCCACCGGCUGCUGUCAGAUCUCAGCCAUCAGCCCCACAGGCCUCCAAAGUGAGCAAGAAAAAGGGCAAGAAGCCCCUCAAUGCCUUGGAUGUCAUGAAGCACCAGCCAUAUCAGCUCAAUGCAUCCUUGUUUACUUUCCAACCUCCAGAUGCAAAGGGUGGUAUCCCCCAAAAGUCAUCAGCCAAGGUCAAUUCGACUCCUACUAUAAAGCAAGCGCUUCCCCCUCGACCAAUGAGUGUUGGCUCAGCCACACAUGGGCAGGCUUCCUCAGUGUACUCAGUGCCAGCCUACCCUUCUCAGCCUCCCUACUUUGCAGAGGCCUCGUCACCUAUCAGCGCGUCCCCCGUGCCUGUGGCUGUUCCCACUUCGCCAAAGCAAGAAGCAGCCUCCUCGUCUUAUUUUGUGGCACCGAGGCCAAAGUUCUCAGCCAAGAAAAGUGGUGUCCCAGUCCAGGAGUUUGGGCGUUCCCUCUCUGUUCCUGGACAACCAAUGCAUCCCAUCAUUUCUACAGCACCUCCAUGGGGACACCAAGCUGCCUAUAAUUAUUCUAGCAAGUCCACUAGUGGGCUAGAGAAAGCAACCAAGAGACCAACCCCCUGGGAAGCAGCAGCCAAGUCUCCCCUUGGUCUAGUGGAUGAAGCCUUUGGACCCAGAAGCAUCCAGGAAUCCAUUGUGGCAAAUGUGGUCUCAGCAGCGCGGAGGAAGAUGCUUCCAGGGCCCCCACAGGAUUGGAAGGAGAAACUGUCCUGUGGUCCUCAAACCCAGAAGGGCAACAGCGGCUCAUUUAGAAAGCAAGAAUAUAAUGUCACAGCCUUAGCAAAUAAUAAUAGUCUAUCCAGCAGUUCCCAAUAUGGUUUCCAGCUGCCAUAUGGGUAUCAUAGGCCAACCUCCAGAAAUGAUUCUGAAAUAAUGUCCCUGGAGACUAGGUCCGAGUACUGUCUUCCAGUAGCUGAUUACAACUAUAACCCACACCCAAGAGGAUGGAGACGCCAAACAUGAAAGAUAUGAGAUCUGAUGAUGUACACACAAUGAUUCUUCUUGAUGCUCCUUUGUAGGGUUUUUGAUGUUUCUGGUAGCUUUGCUUCAC